CAAAAUAAUUACUCUGGUUGUCAUCAUGGUCAAUUUAGCUAGCUAGCAUUUUAUUGUUUGUUUUUUUACAGUUGCUAGAUAAAAAAAAAACAUUUGUUCCCCACUUAAAAUAGUUUACUUCAGUUUCGCUUACGUUAGAUAAGCAACUAUUUAGCACACUACUAGCUAGAAAGUGUUUGUGGACAGGGGUUGUUGAUCCAUCGACACACGCACUCAUAUCCAGUGAACGGGGAAGAACGGAUGAACGGGGAAGUUGGCUAGCUAGCGUGUAAACGAAACGUUAGCCGGGCUGCCAUUACUAUGUUCUGAGUCACGGCCCAGGGGCUCCAAACGAUUUGUAUUAGUACAACUAUUCCGUUUGUAUUAUAUUAACACAACUAGCGUAGCAGCAUGGUAAGAGAAAUACAUGACAAAAAUGCUUAUUUGUUACGCUGGUCCUCUGGCUUCAUAUCAUUCCAUGGUUGUUUUUCCCGGACGGAGCUGGCUUGACAGCUAGCUAACCAACGUUAGCAAAGUCUCCGCGAGAAAGAUUGUCCUAUUCGUCCUCCGAUCGCUGGUGAUUUCCACUUGCUUUAAUCGUCAAGGCGAGUGCUGAUAACAGGGGCACGGUCUAGCCGUGUGUGGGACUAUAGAAGCUCCUUGGUGUCCGAGCCUGCAACUUCUGCGUUUGCAACCCAACACCCGGUGUGUGUCCCCGCUGUGUGUGUGUGUGUGGAGUAGCGGCGGGUCUGCAGUCGGUGUGUCCGUGGUGCUCGAGGGAUACCUCUCUCCGGUACUGCCCGGCUCCCAGCGAUGCUGGCCGUGUGCUGAGAGAGGGAGACGCUGAGAGAGGGAGACGCUGGCCGUGUGCUGAGAGGGAGACGCUGAGAGGGGGAGACGCUGGCCGUGUGCUGAGAGAGGGAGACGCUGACCGUGUGCUGAGAGGGAGACGCUGAGAGGGGGAGAGCAGAUCUCUGGACGGAGGAGUCCCGGGUUGGAGAAGAGGACAAGGUAAACAUCUGUGCCUGCCUGCCUGUCUCAGGAUGACAAGGAGGCAGCAGGCGUGACACACCCUGCUUGUCGCAAAGCGGGGAUUGGAUCAGUCGGUUGGCGGGCGUGGCCGGCGGGCUGGCUCCUCCCCCUCCCGGCGGCAGCGUGCGCUCCCAGCCGCCCCCUCCCUGCGCCCCGCCCUGCUCGCCCGGCCUGCGCGCCCGCGCCCAUGCCCCCGCCCCCUCCCGGCCCCCCAGCGUCAUGUGCCUCCCGCACGCCAUGGAAGCGGGCAAGCAGGGCGCGGGCCCGGCGGUAGGGCAAGCCCAGGGGGGCCCGGGGGCCCAGGGGGGCCGGAGGGGCGGGGGGGUGCCCCUGGAGCCCUUCGUGCACCAGGUCGGAGGUCACACCAGUAUGAUGCGCUACGACGACCACACGGUCUGCAAGCCCCUCAUCACCCGGGAGCAGCGCUUCUACGAGUCCCUGCCCCCCGACAUGAGGGAGUUCACCCCCGAGUACAAAGGGAUGGUGCUGGUGUGUUUUGAGGGGGACAUGGACGGCUACAUCAACCUGGUGGCGUACCCGUACGUGGAGACGGAGGGGGCGGAGCAGGAGGAGCUGGGGGAGAGGGACCAGCCCAGACGCAAACACUCCCGCCGUAGCCUGCACCGCUCCAGCAGCGAGCACAAGGACGAGCGGCCCGCGCACGAGAGCGACAGCAGCGAGAACCUGCAGGAGCUGAAGAGUCCUCGCCUGGAGCUGCAGAUCCACUCGGAUGUUCCCUUCCAGAUGCUGGACGGUAACAGCGUCCUGAGCCUGGAGAAGAUCUGCCACAACCCCUGGAGUCUGCGCUGCCACAAGCAGCAGCUCAGCCGCAUGCGCUCAGAGUCCAAGGACAGGAAGCUCUACAAGUUCCUGCUGUUGGAGAACGUGGUGCACCAUUUCAGCUGCCCCUGCAUCCUGGACCUGAAGAUGGGCACACGGCAGCACGGGGAUGACGCCUCGGAGGAGAAGGCGGCGCGCCAGAUGAAGAAGUGUGAGCAGAGCACCUCCGCCACACUGGGGGUCCGAGUCUGCGGCAUGCAGGUGUACCAGAUGGACACAGGCCACUACCUGUGCAGGAACAAGUACUACGGGCGCGGUCUGUCCAUCGACGGGUUCCGCCAGGCGCUGUACCAGUACAUGCACAACGGCGCGGGGCUGAGAAGGGAUCUGUUUGAGCCCGUCCUCGGGAAGCUACGGAGCCUGAAGGCCGUCCUGGAGCGCCAGGCGUCCUACCGCUUCUACUCCAGCUCCCUGCUCAUCAUCUAUGAGGGCAGGGAGCACUCGGGCCCACCCCCUGCUCCUCCCCCCGCCCCGGGCCACGCCUCCGGCCACGCCUCCGGCCACGCCCCCACAGAGCUCCGGAAGGGCCCGAACGCCACGGCGACGCGCCCCCCCCCCGGCGUGGACGUCCGCAUGAUCGACUUUGCCCACAGCACCUACAAAGGUUUCCGUGACGACCAGACGGUGCAUGUCGGGCCGGACCGUGGCUACGUGUUCGGACUGGAGAGCCUCAUCACCAUCCUGGAGGCCAUCCGAGAGGAACACAAGUAGCCCUGGGACUCAGCCCGCCCUGAAUCUGCCCCCUUUCACCUGUCCACCUCCUGAAGCGCUCCUCCUCUAUGACCCCCACAGAGAGAACAGGAAACCAGACAGACGGCAGGACUAGACGGCAGGACCAGACAGCGACCGAGGGGAAAAAGCCCGCUGACUUUUGAAGAUGUCGUGGUUUCAGGGUCCCUG